UCUGAGACGUAAUUGUACAAAAGGUCUUGGCUAAGGUUAACAAAAAUUCUGAUCACAUAGGCCUUCCCCCGCAGGAUUCCUUUAAAUUACCGUGGUUAUUUAAUUAAUUUGUUUGUUUCAUUAAACUGGUUGAAAAUGGCAGCUAUAGUACGCACAAAAGUUGAGUUGUUCUAUGAUGUUGUGUCCCCAUACAGUUGGUUUGGAUUUGAGGCUCUUUGUCGGUAUCGGACGCAUUGGAAAAUGGAUUUAGUUCUUCGACCAUUUUUUCUUGGGGGUGUAAUGAAGGAAUCUGGAAACAGACCCCCAAUGAUGGUUCCGUCAAAACUCUUGUACAUGCAAAAAGAUCUUCUGAGAAAUGCAGCUUAUUUUGGAGUCCCUUUAAAACUAAUUGAGGAUCCUUUUCAUGUCAUGAUUGAGAAGGGAACUGUAAAAGCCCAAAGAUUUUUAACAGCCAUUGGUGAUAAGCAUCCUGAGCAUCUUGAAGGUGUUUCACGUGAACUAUGGAAAAGGAUAUGGUCUAGGGGAGAGGACAUUGUUGAAGAUGAAAAUUUACAUCUUGCAGCCAAGGCUGCAAACAUGAAAGAUGUUCAUAUACAAGAAUGUUUGAAACUAUUGAAUGAUUCUAGUGUCAAGUUGGCCCUUAAGAAAUCCACAGAGGCUGCAAUUGAAUAUGGGGCUUUUGGGGCUCCUACCAUUAUUGUUCAUUCGAAAGGCCAUCCAGAAAUAUUUUUUGGAUCGGACCGCUUUCCUAUAAUUGCUCAAAUUAUGAAUGAAGAAUGGAAAGGGCCGUCUCCAGAACCGAAAAAAAUGACAUCCUCUCCGAGAAUCAAAGUUGAAUUGUACUACGACGUUGUGUCUCCAUAUACUUGGUUUGGUUUUGAGGUUCUGUGUCGUUAUAGGCACCAUUGGAAUAUGGAUCUUGUUCUAAGACCAUUUUUCCUUGGAGGGGUUAUGAAGGCAUCUGGAAAUAAGCCCCCAAUGACUGUAGCAUCAAAAGGUAUGUACAUGCAGAAGGAUAUUCAAAGAAGUGCGGAAUACUUUAAGGUUGAUCUAAAACUUAUAGAGGAUCCAUACAAUGUGCUUGUUCAAAAAGGAUCGCUGAGAGCCAUGAGGUUUCUAACUGCUAUAAAUCUUCAUUGCCCUCAGUAUCUAGAAAGUGUUUCUCGUGAGCUGUGGCGUAGAAUUUGGUCUAAAGGAGAAGAUAUUGUGGCAGAUGACAGCCUCAUAAUGGCGGCUAAAGAAGCAAAAAUGGAAGAAAAUGACAUUAAGGAAUGUUUAAGUAAAAUGGACGAUUCAGGAACAAAAGAUGCCUUAAAAAUGGCUACCGAACAGGCAGUUGACUACGGGGCUUUUGGUGCACCAACCAUAGUAGUUCAUGCAAAAGAAGGCCCAGAAAUGUUUUUCGGAUCAGAUCGCUUCCCACUGGUAGCCCAAAUGAUGAAUGAAGACUGGAAGGGACCAGUUCCAGAUCAAAAGAGUAAACUAUGAUGCAUGCUUUGUCUCCUAUAUUUUGGUUGGUGCUGCAUCAAUAUAAUUUCUGGUAAGAAAUGGUACCAUGUUAGGGGAGGGGAUUUGAAGUAACCUUAUUCAGAAAAGAAGAAAAAUUUUCUCUAGAUGUACAUUGAAAUUUCCAAGGGUUGGUUAUCUUUAGCCACUGUUAUUUUUACACAAGGCUUAACGGACGUGUUAAAU